AUGAAAGCCGACCUUGAAUAUGAAACUCUUUUCCAUCUGGUACGGUACCUUGCUCCAGUACCCUACCUCGUUGCUCUUCUACUAAUUACGAUCUGGAGUUAUUACUUCCUCCAGGAGGAUGACGAUAAGAAGGAAGAAGGGAAAGGAUCCCUUGAAGAACGGAAGCAGGCAGGGACGAUCCAUCAAACUGUCGUCUCCUCUCCGCCUCCCUCCUCGAUAUAA